AUGGAGGAUGACAAUGGGAUUGCUACGGUAUACAAUAAAGACUGCUCUCAGAAGCAAAGCAAACGAAGCAAAAAGGCCAUUUUGGGUGAGCAGUUUGAAGACUUUACCAAAAACACGUCGCUGCAUGGCCUCAGAUUCAUUACGGAGAGAGAAGCCACGAUUGUUGAGAAAAUGUUUUGGCUGAUUUUGUUUUUGGUGAGUAUGGGGGUCUGUUUGUACCAGAUACGCAACGUGUGGAUUAAAUGGGAUAGCAGCCCGGUUAUAGUGUCCAUCAAUGAAAGACUAGUUCCAGUAUCGGAGGUGCCGUUUCCUUCUAUUACGAUAUGCCCACAACGGAAGAUUUCAAAACACUACGACUACGCAAAACAGAAGCAAAAAAUGUAUGGAAACAUUUCGGAAAUGACGGACUACCAACGCACAAAAUUUGAAGACAUCUCACUCAUUUGCCACGAAGGCAAUUUUUUCAAAGAUAUCUCUAAAAUGUGGUUAAAUCGAAACUAUUCGGACAAGUGGUUGGUGAGAAACAUUGACGAGCAAAACGGAGCCGAGCCAGAUCUUAUCAUUCUGUUUCUAGAGGAUAGAACUGAACUCGACGAGGAAUGUAACGCAAUCUACUCAGGAUAUAAGGUAUACGUGCAGCACCCCGCGGAUGUGCCGCAGUCAUCUCUCUACUACUACGCCAUGCUCCCGGAUCAAACUUCCUCUUUUGCACUCAAGUACAAUAUGGUAGCAACGUCUGAUGAGGUCAAAGAGUACACCCCGGAAAAACGGCACUGCUACUUCCCCGGGGAGCGGUAUCUUCGCUAUUUCAAAAUAUACACGGAGAACAACUGCAGGCUCGAGUGUCUGUCUAACUACACAUACAAUAUGUGCGGCUGCGUGGGUUUCUAUAUGCCUUCUAAUACCAGUAACAGGAUCUGCACCAUACAAAGCAAACGUUGUAUGAAUUCAGUAAUAGAAAAAAUUGCGGAAAAAGAGACGGCGGGCAUCAGCUCUAGAUUGUGUAACUGCUUACCUGCUUGCAACACCGUAGAAUAUGAUGCCGAAGUUUUGAAGACAAAGUUUGAUAUCAAGCACUACUUAUUAAACAAUAAAAUCGAAGCUUCUACCUCGCAUUGGGAGAACUACUCGUUUUCAAAACUAGAGAUGUAUUUCAAGAGCCCGCGCUUCAUGUCCAUGCGCCGCUCGGAGCUGUUCGGUCUGACCGACUUCAUCGCCAACUGCGGAGGGCUGCUGGGCUUGUUCUUAGGGUUCUCCUUCCUCAGCCUCGCCGAGAUCUUCUAUUACAUGACUCUCAGACUUUGGUGCGUUUUCAAGAGCGAUUUGAACAAGGCGAAACAGUAAAAUUGCUAAAAGAUGUCCACUCUUUGAAUUGGUUUAGUAGAAGACCGAUUUAUUAUAUAUUGUUUAUGGCAGCGCUUCCUAAACUAUGGAUCGGGAUCCGUAGGUGAGUCGCGAAAGAACAAUACAUCAACCGACGGGACCAACAGUCGGUCCGCUAAUGCCGAACGAGAAACAAAAUUCUUAAUAAAUCAGCACUUCUUGUAUGCAAUUGAGAAUAAAAAGUUAUUUCAUGACAACCAGUAGAUGAGUCUAAAAUUUGAAAGUUUUUGUUACGAGGAGCUAACCUCUGGAACUACUGAACUGAUUUUGAUGAAACUUGGUGUACAGAUAGUUUGUUUUCCCGGGCAAGACAUCUACUUUCAUUCCCGGUAAAAUUAAAACCAUCAUAUCUUAGAAAAACUCGAAGAUAAAAGGUGUGAGUAUGUGUGAGUCAUAUUUUUCUAUAAAAAAAAAACUAGGUAACCUACUGGUAUACUUUGACACAUUGUGACAAGCAACAUAUAGGUAUAUACCACUCGUUGUUCAGCUUGUACUUAGGAACAACCAAUCUGCUAGUUCGGCCUAGAUGCCAUAACAUAAUAUCGACUUGUAAUUCUUGCUGUAAAUAAGCAACAGUUAUUGAAGUUCAUUCUUAUGGUUUAGACCAAUAAUGACAUAUUUGUGUAGUUUUAUGUAAGUGAAACAACAAAACUGAAAAAAUAAACGAUCUAAGUAAUAUAAAGUUUGUGAAAAUGUUUGGAUAUUAGUAACAAGUCCAUGCAGAAACGGUUCAACGGAUUUGUAUGAAGUUUGGCACAGUAAUAGGCGGUGACCAGAAUAAACAUAUAGGCUACUUUCUAUUCCUGUGAUUAUUAUUAGAGUAACUUUUUGUUACGAUUUGUUUUAAAUAUCACUGAUGUCGCUCGUGUGGGCGAUAUUGAUUGUUACAGUGAUUUUAGUUAGCAUAUUAUAAGUUACCUUAAUACUUUUUAUCCCGGAGUACACAGUGAGAUUUUCUAUCGCGAAAGUUCUUUCAAGCCUUUAGCGAACCUAGUGUCAUAUACUUGGGAGCUAAAUUUUAUAUUUUGUUAUGCACUGUAAAAAAAAUACUACAAACCAAAAAAUAAUUUAUAUUUACAUACGCAUAUUGACUAUGAAUUUGGAGUCGGUGGUUGAUUGAGAUUUAACAUUGUUAUCGUGUAUUUGAUUGGGUAUUUAUUUAGCUUAGCUGGCA